AUGAAGUCGGAUAAUGUGCGAGUGCAUAUCCGAAUCCGGCCGAUCUCAAAGAAAGAGAUCGAUGAAGGGGCACAAGAGUGCCUUAUCGCUGCGGGCCCGCAAAUCGACUGUCGAGGUAGCCAGUUUAUCUACGACAAAGUAUUUGGAUAUUCCGUCGAGCAAACGGAAAUCUACAACCAAACGGUGGAACCGAUGCUCGCCAGCUUGCUCGACGGGUUCAACCAGACUGUCUUCGCCUAUGGACAGACUGGUUCGGGCAAAACCUACACGAUGGGAGGAGAGUUCGGAAAGCGCGACCGAGAGCACGAUGGAAUCCUCCCACGUGUCGCCGAGGACUUAUUCGAAAGAUAUGCCGGCUCCCCUGAUGAACCUUCCCUCUUUUUUGUCACAGAAGGAGUUCAUAAAACAUCUCUAAACUUCCAUUUACAAUAUGGACGGCAUGAUAAGAGAUGGCACAUGCAUAUAAGAGAAUGCUCGUCACAAGCUGCGAUUCUCGAAUGCUCUUCUGCUCACUCCAAAGGAAAACGCUGCAAAGGAACUGCCAAGAUGCUGAUUCUCGACCCAAAACUCAUCAACUCCGAAAAGAAGGAACAAGCCAAGCGACAAAGAACAGUCUUCAAAUUCAACUACGAACAUCCAGAUCGACUUGAAACGAGCAAAUACGGCCAAGUCACCACGAUCAAGCCUCACGCUGAACACUGCAAAGCUUCUUUACGUUACCACGUCAUCCAGCGCCAGUUUCGAAGUACUGUAGGCAAAGUAUCGGAAAACCCAACGGAGACAAAAGUUCACCGCUUCGACACUACUCUCCAUGGACUCGGGGAAAACCGACUCGAGGCAAUCGGUCCAGUUGUUGAGGAGGAGAAGAUAGUGGAAAAGCCAGUGGAUGAAGCUUGUGAAGAAUGUUCUGAGGAUUCUGAGACUAGCGCGUCAAGCCGUGCAGUUCCACUGGAACUUCCAGCUCGACGAAGGAGGAAGGGAAGGAAUUUUACCCAGGAGGAGGACAAGAAAAUAAUAGAUGGCCUUGAAGAAUUCAAGACAUUCAAGAACGAGAUGUACGCGAAGAUCUCUUGUACGCCUUUUUCAAAGAAAAGGAUAGGAGCAACGGCGAUAUCAGAUAUAAAUUCACGCUACCUAACUAUCACCCCUCACCCACCAAAUUUCACUUUCACAUUCCUACUCUUUCAUUCCUCGAUUUUCACCUACUGCCUUGGCUUAAAAUAA